AUGGACGGGAACGGGACGCCGCCGCCGUCGACGCCGCCGUCGCCUCAAAGUCCUGCCCGCCCUGCGCCCCGGUACUUGACGCAUGACGCUCCAGCUGCUGGUCCUGACUCUCCUCCUUCUCUAGCUAAUGGACGGCAGACGCUAUCGCCAUUGUCACCCGCUUCAGCGUCCGUCUCGGCGUCUGCUGUAUCAGCGACUGAACUCUCAGGCCGCUACAAUUUCGCAGAGAUGAGCGCGUCUGCAGACGCGACGCCGGCGCCGCGGUACCUUGGACGCUACGAGGCCGUGACUGGAACAGUAGCUGCUGCUGCUGCUACUGCUGGACAGGAGGACGACGACGAGGUGGAGGCGGAGCUGCGGCGGAUGGCGCAGCGCCAAUUGCCCCGAGGAGAUCUCGGGCGAAGAGAGUGGAGACUCGACAGUUUCCAGUCAAUGCAGCGAGGACAGGCGGCGCACACAGAUGCACCGCGACCGUUGUCACCUAAUAGCAGUAGCAACAGCUCGUUGAUCAGCAGCAAUGUUCACCACACUACCAGUCGGUCGGGACUAUGGCCGUCUACGGAUGCGGCAUUGCCGCGGCCAAUGGCGUCUCCACCGAGCUCGCCACGUUCCAGUGCGUCGACGUCGGCGGCUGUUACGAUGGCUGCGUCAGCGUCGUUUCAGCAACCGCAACAAGAAGACUUUUCUGGUGCGGUGGUGUGGGGCACGAACAUUAGUGUGUCGGAGAGUAUGGAGCUGUUCCGAGGCUUUGUACACCACUUUCGACCCGAGAACUACGAGUUGCAGGACGAGGCGUAUUAUAUCAAGGCACUGCGGAGAUUAGCGCUCACGCAGACGCUCGUGCUGGACCUGAACACCCAGCACUUGCGUCAAUUCCGUGGUGCAAGAAAGCUGUACAAUCAAUUGAUUUUGUUCCCACAGGUGCUGAUUCGGAUCCUGGACAUGGUGGUGAUGGAGGAGUACGAGGCGUUAGUAGCUGGUGCUGGAGCGGCGAUGGACACCAUUGACAAUGCAUCGAACGUGGCUUUGCAAGUGCGGCCGUUCAACUUGCUUGACUUGUCGCCAAUGCGCCAGUUGAACCCGUGCGAUAUUGACCAGUUGGUGUGUCUGAAAGGAAUGGUCACCCGGUGCAGCGGGGUGUUACCGGAUUUGAAAGAGGCGUUCUUUCGCUGUGCAAUAUGUCAUGCUACGACACAGGUGGCAUUAGACCGAGGGCGGAUCGAGGAACCUGCCAGCUGCGAGCGCUGUUCGACACGAAUGAGUAUGGAGAUGAUCCACAAUCGAUGUGCUUUCACGGACAAACAGAUGAUUAAAAUGCAAGAGACGCCUGAUGCUAUCCCUGAGGGCGAGACGCCGUACACAGUCCUCCUGUUUGCGUUUGACGACCUCGUGGAUGGCGUGCGCCCUGGUGACAAGGUGGAAGUCACGGGCAUUUACCGAGCUGUUCCGAUGCGUUCGAAUUGGCGCCAGCGAGUGGUCAAAUCUGUAUUCAAGACGUACGUAGACGUCGUGCAUUUUCGUCGCGUGGACGAACUCACUCGGCGCGACGAGGGCGAAAACGGCAAGAACCUUCACGCCGCUGGCGAGGAGGCGAAGGAGGUUGAGAACAGUGCGAUUGGGCCGGUCGAUAUCGACGUGGAAAUGCCGGAUCCGUCAGAAGAGCACGACGAUGCCGCAGCUGUGGCCGACGCUCAGCAUGCACGCAAAUUGGCAGCUUUCCGCCGCAUUGCAGCCCAUCCUCGAGUGUAUGCAAAUUUGGCCCACUCGUUGGCGCCGUCAAUUUGGGAGCUGGAUGACGUAAAGAAGGGUAUCUUGUGCAUGCUUUUUGGUGGCACGCGCAAAGACGGAAGUAGCGGCAGUGUAAACGAGCACGAAGGAGAGGACGAACAUGGCGGUGUGGCAGUUAAGCGCAAAAGUAUGCGGUCUGACAUGAACGUGCUGUUGUGUGGAGAUCCUGGUACAUCCAAGUCGCAGUUGCUGUCGUAUGUACACAAGCUGUCGCCGCGAAGUAUCUACACGUCUGGCAAAGGUAGUUCUGCUGUCGGCCUCACUGCUUCGCUUAUUCGCGAUAUGGAGACGAACGACCUUGUGCUCGAGUCGGGUGCAUUGGUUCUAUCCGACGAGGGUAUUUGCUGCAUCGACGAGUUCGACAAGAUGAGCGAUUCGGCUCGGUCCGUGCUGCAUGAAGUGAUGGAACAGCAGACUGUCAGCAUUGCCAAGGCUGGUAUCAUUUGUUCGCUCAACGCACGGGCAUCCAUUCUCGCGUCCGCUAACCCAAUUGAGUCGCGCUACAACCCGAACAAGUCGGUGGUGGAGAACGUGAACAUCUUGCCCACACUGCUUUCGCGUUUUGACCUCAUCUACCUCAUCCUGGAUAAGCCGCAACCAGAAUCAGACCGCAAACUGGCAAAACACAUCGUCGCUCUGUAUUAUGACGAAGAAACACGUGUGCGUGUGCGUGCGCAAGCUCGCGGCGGUGAAGACGUACCUCAGCUUAUUAGCAUGAAGCUGCUGACCGAGUACAUCGCGUAUGCUAAACGGAACAUCCACCCACGGCUUUCAGCUGAGGCCCGAGAUGCGCUCAUCCGCGCGUACUUGGAUCUCCGCCGAAUGGGCGGCGCUGGUGCUGCAUCGGCCAAGAAAAAUAUCACGGCAACCCCUCGACAGCUCGAAUCGCUUGUCCGGAUUUCCGAAGCACUUGCAAAGCUCAGGUUGUGCGAGACUGUGACGCGCAGUGACGUCGACGAAGCGCUGCGGCUCAUGAACGUGGCGACACAACGUGCAGCAAUGGACCCGCGGACUGGUACGAUCGACAUGGAUAUGAUCAAUACGGGUCACAGUGUGCUGGAACGUGAAGUGCAAGCGGCACUAGUUACUGGGCUCAAGGAGAUUUUGUGCGAGGCACCGAACCGGUCAAUGGCCGUCGGCGAGGCUCGCCGACACCUUGAGGAAAAGCACAAAGGCGAAGUCAAGAGCGCCGAGUUUCAGAUGGCGCUGCGCUCUCUCGAGGACGAUAGCCUGAUACAAGUUUCUCACGGCAUGAUCCGCUACUUUGGCGAUCCGAUAGAUUGA